GUCGUAAGUACGAACUGUCAAAGAAUCGUUGCCGUGUUUACGUGCGCACUAUUGCGAAUGUCGCGAUGAACGCCUAGUGUCGCGUGGCUCUACGAUGGGCAAGAGCGCGGAGCCGGAGCGGUUCACGCUGACGAAGUGCGCGCUGGUGCCGGGGCUGUGCCUGGCGCUGCUGGUGCGCUGGUGCGUGGCGGCCUACCCGUACUCGGGGCGCGGCGCGCCGCCCAUGUUCGGCGACUACGAGGCGCAGCGCCACUGGCAGGAGCUGACGGUGCACACGCCGGCGCGCCAGUGGUACCGCAACACGACGCAGAACGACCUGCAGUACUGGGGGCUGGACUACCCGCCGCUCAGCGCCUACCACAGCCUGCUGCUGGGGCUCGUGGCCGAGCGGCUGGAGCCCGAGUCCGUGCGCCUGUUCGCGUCGCGCGGCUACGAGGGCGAGGCGCACAAGAGCUUCAUGCGCUGGAGCGUGUUCCUCAGCGACCUGUACUUCUACGUGAGCGCCGCGCUGUGCCUGUGCGUGGACGCGGAGCGCGCGGCGACGCGGCGCGGCGUGCUGCAGCGCACGGACGUGGCGAGCGUGCUGCUGCUGCUGUACCCCGGCCUGCUGCUGGUGGACCACGGCCACUUCCAGUACAACUGCGUGUCGCUCGGCCUGUUCCUGUGGGCCACCUUCUUCGUAGUGGCCGUGGAGAACGACACCCUGGCCACCAUAUUCUUCGUGCUGGCUCUGAACUACAAGCAGAUGGAGCUGUACCACGCGCUGCCCUUCUUCAUCUAUCUACUCCGCAAGUGCUUCACUUGGCUGCCGCACAAGGGCCGCGUGUCGCACGUCGUGCACCGGUUCAACAAGCUGGCCAUCGCAGUCAUCUCCAGCUUCAUCAUCAUCUGGUAUCCGCUGGUCCACUCGUGGGACGAUAUUCUGCAAAUUCUUCAUCGACUGUUCCCAGUCAAACGAGGAGUAUUCGAAGACAAAGUGUCAAAUGUCUGGUGCACGGCCAACGUGUUGGUUAAGCUGAAGGACGUAUACACCAAUGAAGAGAUGGUGCGGCUGUGCGUUGGCUGCACGCUGGUGGCGAGCCUGCCCGCCUGCGCGGACCUCUUCUUUAGGAUUAACAGAAAGAAGUUUGUUCUGUGCCUAAUAAACGUGUCGCUGGCGUUCUUCCUGUUCUCGUACCAGGUGCACGAAAAGUCCAUCCUGCUGGCGGCGGUGCCGGUGGCGCUGCACUUGCCGGAAGACCCCUUCAUGUGCUUCUGGUUCCUGCUGGUAUCCACGUUCAGCAUGCUGCCGCUGCUGCUGAAGGACGGGCUGCUGAUCCCGUUCCUGUGCACCUCCGCGAUCUACGUGAGCUUCUACAGCAUCGCGCUGCGCCUGUCGGGGCAGGGCACGGGCGUGCUCAGCUGGGUGAGCGCGGGCGCGGUGUACGAGGCGACGCGCGUGGAGCGCGGGCUGGGCCGCGUGGCGCUGAAGCUGCUCAGCACGCUGUUCUUCCUGUCGCUGCAGGGCAUGUGCUGGCUGGCGCUGGGCGCGCUGCUGGUGGCGCCGCCGCCGCGCUACCCCGACCUGUUCCCGCUGCUGAUCUCCGUGUUCUGCUGCCUGCACUUCCUGCUGUUCCUGGCGUACUUCACGCGCCAGCAGCUGCUGCUGCCCGCGUGUGUGCCCGUGCAGGGAAAGCUCAAGAAGAACUAAUCGUGCCUACUAGUUAGUACUGAAGUAGCUAUUCAAUCUGAAUGAACAUUCCAAAUAAAUUCAUUACAAUAUU